AUGAAGCUGUUUUCAUUCUUGUUCUUUUCUGGUCUGAGGGCGAGUCUUGUGCCCAAAAAUGACACAACAGAAGUUUGCUACGAAGGACUCGGUUGCUUUGACAAUGAGUUCCCCUGGGACUGUCUUUAUGCGCAGCGCUUGCCAGGAGACCCAGCAACGAUGAUGUUUUCCUACCGACUUUAUACAGAAGUUGACAAUUAUGACGAACUAGAUUAUUUUAAUCCGUCGCCAAAUGUCGACUGGACGGCGAAAUCAAAGAUCUUGCUCGCGACGCAUGGCUGGCAUGAUUCGGGCACAACUGGCUGGCUUAGAGACACAGUGAUGAAAGCAACGCAGCUUGAUGAUUACCAUGUUGUCAUACUUGACUGGGAAGGAGAAGCAUCUUCGAUCAAUUACGUCGAAUCGGCGCAGAAUGCACGGGUCGUCGCUGCUGCUGGAGCGGUUCUGCUCUCAGACGCUUUCAACAAUGGAAUUCUUGCUGAAAACAUCCACAUAACCGGCCACAGCCUUGGCGACAAUCACUGGUGGCGCCAAAAUCGGCCGAUUCACUCCCUUGACGCUGCCGGCCCCUUAUUCGAUGAAUGCUCCGCUGAAGCUCGAGUUGACGAAAGCGACGCUGAUUAUGUCGAUUUUAUUCAUACCGAUUCUGGACGGCUCCCAGCGCUUUCGAUGGAAGAAGCGGUUGCUUACGCGGAUUUUUACGUGAAUGAUGGGCGCCAUCAGCCUGGAUGCCCGACUCCGUCCUUGGAUACAAAUUGUGAGCAUCAGCGAGCAGUUCAAAUUUGGGUGAGUUCUUUCGACAUUUCCUGCUACGCCUGCCCUUGUGAAACCUUCCAAAAUCUAGAAAACGGCCUCUGCUCCAACAACUGUCGGUUUAACGCGAUCGGAUUUUACUCCCAAAAACCAGCUCAGAAGACCACUUAUUUCAUCGAAACAACCGAUAGAAAACCAUUUUGCGUUCAAUAA